GAGAGCCCGGCGAGGAGGGGUAGCCGGUGGCGGCGGAACGGGCGGAGGCUGCCGGUUUCGUAACCGUCGCUCCUCCUCGCUGACUCGCGGGCUGCGAGGCCUGGGUCGGGUUGGGCCGCGCCGCGCGGGGCCGCUCGAAGUGGAGGCCGCCUGGGCACAGGCGGGCUGGAGGCGCAGGUACAUGUGAAGAUUUCUUGGCAGUUUAGUGUGGAAGCCAUUGAUCACCUUGCCUCAUUUCUGCCUGUUCUGUGUUGGCAAGGGAGAGUGCCCAAAUGAGCAAGAUCUCGCAGCAGAGCAGUAGUACUCCGGGAGUGAACGGAAUAAGUGUUAUUCACACUCAGGCUCAUGCCAGUGGCUUACAGCAGGUUCCUCAGCUGAUGCCUGCUGGCCCUGGGGGAGGAGGCAAAGCUGUGCCUCCAAGCAAGCAAAGCAAAAAGAGUUCGCCUAUGGAUCGAAACAGUGACGAGUAUCGUCAGCGCAGAGAGAGGAACAACAUGGCUGUGAAAAAGAGCCGGUUGAAAAGCAAGCAGAAAGCACAGGAUACACUGCAGAGAGUGAAUCAGCUCAAAGAAGAGAACGAACGGUUGGAAGCAAAGAUUAAAUUGCUGACUAAGGAAUUAAGUGUACUGAAAGAUUUGUUUCUUGAGCAUGCACACAACCUAGCAGAUAACGUGCAACCUAGUAGCACUGAAAACACAACAAAUUCUGAUAACGCAGGAAAGUAGACUUCACUCCUCCAAACUUCACAACUUGUGGCUUGAACGUUAAAGGUGUGAUUACCUGCACCAUUCUUAUCAAUGGCUGACCAUUGUCUUCUUCCAUUAUUCAAAGAUCCACUGAAGGUUUUCUAGGAUCAGCACUGAAGAGUUGAUUAGCUAAAAAUGUUAGCCAUGAAUAUCUGGUUUUAAAUUAUAUGGAUUUUUGUGGGGAUGAAAACACAAAUUUUUUAGGUAUAUGGUAAAAAAAAAUUGCCCUGGACCUUGCUAUUCUUAAUAAAUCCCGAUUUCUGAAGAAAUGCUUCUUUUUUAGGUUGACAAAAGGAGUGGGGAACUGGCAGGUCACUGCAGAAGGUUCUUGGUUUUAAUGGAUAUGGUUAAUUGGAUUAAGGAAAGUUGAAUGCUAUCUGUGUUAAUCUACUUGUGAAUUUUUCUAAAUUAUGUAUGAAAAAUCCUUAGGGUCAUAGAAACCAAUCAGUUUUUAAUUUGGAGUGGUUAUAUGUAUGGCAUAAACCUUAUUUUAGCAUAAUUAGUACUGUUUUCCCCAACAAGUACAAGUUUUUGAAUAGUGUAGUCAGGUUAAGUAAAGAAAUCCAUUGCAUUUAAAGAAACCCAUUAAGGCAGUAUGUAGCCAGUUGGCUUAAAAAUAUAAAUAACAUUUGGGAAGCAAAUCCAUUAAAAAAAAAAUAAAAGCAAAGCAUACUAGAAUUAUGCUUUUCAGGUACUUUUGGGUUAUUGGAUUGACAAUAUUUUUGUUUCCUAAAAACAAUAAAAACAAAAAACCCCAAACACCUCAGUGGUUUAGAGAAAUUCAUGUACCAGAAUUUUAGUUUCUGCAGAUGCUAGUAAAGUUAGCAUUUUUGAUACCAUUUUGACAGUCAAGUCAGUAAAAAAAAAAAAAAAGUCAUAACAGUUUGAUCACACAAGCUGAUUAGUAUUUUGAAUAUUAAUUUCAGUAGGUAGUUUCUCCUGUGUUCAAAUAUCUGCCAUGCAGCCUUGAUUUUUAAAGGCAAAAAUUUCUUGUUAAAGAUCAUUUGGCAUUUGAUCUCAACCAGCUGAUUAUUAGAAAAAUACAUCAUCAACUCCAUGCCAUUUCCCAAAAUAGUAGUCUAAGAAACUUGAAAGUUUAAGGUUUAACCUUUAAUUUAUUUCAUUUAAUACAUCUUUUUGUAUUGUUUUUUAUUGUCCUUUUCUAGUUGGUGGGCUGUUCUUCCAGACUUGUACCACUGCUUGUUUAUUCGCUUGUAUGCCUUUUUUGUCCCAUAAAUUAUUUUAGAAAGAAAAUACUGAUAAAACUCAGGAUAUUGACUUUUUGUGAGACUAAAAAAUGGCAGUUACUAAAGUCAGGAAUCUCUAGAGUCUUGCUUAUGUCAGUGUUGGUAGUUUUGAUUGUUCUUAGCACAGUUCUAGCUCAGAUUUGUUGGCUUUGUGGUGUUUUUGUUUUGUUUUUCUUGUGCCUGGGCUGGUGAUGAGACUGAGUCAUGUCUGACUAAAUAGUUGUGUUUCCAGGUAUCAUUUGAACAUGGUCAUUUGCUGGUCACAUUGUUUCAUACUAAGACCUGGGACAGUGUAACCAGGAUGUAACUCAAGUAGCACACUUGGAUUGGUGGGAGAGUAAUGUUUGUUCUGUUUCCUGGGCAGGAGGAGAUACCACAGCACCCUGCAACUCAGCAAAACCACUAUCAAGGCCAUGAAUGCCUUCUGCAUGUGGCAGGAACCCAGUGUGUUGUGACCCGAGCACUGCUGUCCCAGGAGGGUUAACUCCCAAUGGAGCCAGGAAACGGGAUAGUAGUUUCUAGUAGGAUCCAACACCAGUUUACUUCAGUUGGAGUACUGAUCUACUUAUGGGGUAAUAGAUGUUUUGAAUAACUAGGAGAUACCACAGAUUCCCACUGAAUCUUUAAUAGCUGUUUGAUGUUAUAUAAUUAACUGGAGAUGCAGAUAGGUCACUCGAAUGGUUAAGCAUCUAUAAGAGGUAUUACGGACAUUUAAAUUUCUUAUUUACUAAAAAAGAAAUUCCAGAAAUUGAUGUCCCCAUGGAUUUAUGGUUACCAAACUAAAUUGACUUAACUAUCUUGGAAAAGAAGCCUUAGAAAAUCACCGGGAUGUGUAUUCAAUAUUUCAAAUCAUAAUGUAAGUAAGACUGGAACUUCUGGAACAAUUGAUUUGUACUCUCCUAUUACCUAUGCAAAUCUAAACUUAAGCAAAAGCGAUCAUUUAUGCAUAGAACAAAAAUGUUAACCAUUGUCCCAAUCUUACUGAAGAGUUUGGGAGUGAAAGUUUUUAGUUUGACAGAUUUUACCAAUAUAAAAUCGAGGGAAACCAAGUAGGGGGAAUGGGUAAAUUUAGAGCUUUGGGAAUUGUAAAAAGACUUUUGUAACUUUUGCUCUGUAGGUUAUGUAUGAACCAUUAGGGUUUGAUCUGCUUUGCUGGCAGGUCCAGUAGUUUAGGAAUUAGGCUUUAAUAAAAAUUUCUAGGUGCAUCUGAGUCUCCCAGGAUGGGUGCUUUUUGACUGGUCUUGGCUGCAGGUAGUGAGACCUAAGCCACUCUUCAUGCUGUCUGGCUCCUUUCAGUGAUUUAGAUGCGAGCUCAGAUACUUUGGACAUUCUUACUAAGAAGUAGUAAGAUUUUAAUGAAAUAUAUGACCAGAUUUUCAAAAUUCAGGUCACGAGUGUGAAAUUCUCAAAUUCACAUAAAGUAGAAGUGUGUAAAAUUUAAUAUUUGGUAUUAAGGGAAAUCAGCUUUUGAUGUUUUUUUUUAAUCCCCAUUUGAGGGCUUGAAACUGCACCUGAACAACCCUGUUGGCACUCAGAGUGCUUUUUGAUGCCUUAGAAAUAGGAAAAAAUUUUGGUUUGACAAAAGCUAGGAAGGAGGAAGUCCAUUCUACAGCUGUUAGAUCUGUCUCUCAGGAAAUACACUUGUUCUUUGUGUUCCUGGCUAUCCUCAGUUUGUGAGAUUACUCUAUUUUUUUAAACAUUAUUUUAUUUCUUUCAGUGAACUUGAAAUAAAAACAAACUUUGGAAUAAUGACUAUUUCAUUGUGGGUUUCUUUAUGUUAGAUACCAAGAAAGCAGUCCAAAUGUUAAACAGCUCUGAAGAGCAGUGAGAUGCUCUGUUUGCUGUCUUUCCUGUUCCCAGCCCAGAGCGGGGGUGAAGUGGGGGUUAGAGGACAAGCAGAGGUAGCUUUUAUCCAAGUCUAGAUUUCCCUUAAUGGGGCAUCAUUUUCUUUGAAUAUAGAGUGUCUCUUUAGUUACAUUCUUUAUCACUUGGUCUGAUCUAGAAAUGUGUACUGGAAUAGAGAAAGCAGUAAUUGGCGUGCCUGCUUAGUCACUUCGUGUCUGUAUGGUUUCCAUUUACCAGAGUGCUGGGAGGUGAGUUUAUGCUUUGAGAUGGAGUGUCUGGAAUGUUGAAGUAAGGCCUUUCUCCGAACAAUACAAAUUAUAGUAUGUACCUCAUUACAUGAUGCCAUGGAAAAUCUAUAGAAAUGCAUUAAAAAGUAGUCCGAGGAGCUGAUACACUUUUUCCUGUGAUCCAUGUUAUUUUCAUGUCUUGGGAGAUAGAUUUCUACUUACUGCUCCUUAAGGAAAACAGUUUGUAAUUAUUUCUAUGAGUAGUGUGUCCCAUUUCAUUUUUGUGAAUUAGUUGUAAUUUAGAAUCCCAUAACUUGUCUUGGGGAACUUUAUAUAGAGAUGAUUUGUGAAGGUGCCACCUCUUUUUUUUAAUAAAAGCACUUUUAGACCUA